AGCAGAGAGACCCCCUGACAUCAGCCCUGUCUUCAUAUACUCAAUAGCGGCAGCAGAGGACCUUCCUGAGAUCUGUCCCUAUCUUCAUACGGAGCAGCAGCAGUGGGACCUUCCUGAGAUCAGACCAGCAGAGGGACCCCCCUGAGAUCAGACCAGACUUUAUACACUCCAGCAGAGAGACCCCCUGAGGAUCAGCCCUGUCUUCAUACACUCAAUAACAGCAGCAGAAGGACCUUCCUGAGAUCUGACCCUAUCCUCAUACACUCCAGUAGCAGCACCAGCAGAGGGUUUCUCCUGAGGUCAGACUUGUACUGGUUGACUUCUGCAGCAGCACCAGUAGUGGGACCUUUCUGAGGUCCGCAGCAGCACCAGCACAAUAUCCCUCCUGAAGUCAGCAGUAGCAUCAGCAGAGGAACCCUCAUGAGAUCAUCUUCAUUCCUCCCAGACUCCUGCGGCAGCACCAGCAGAAGGAUCCUCCUGAGGUCGGCAGAAACACCAGCAGAGGAACUCUACUAAGAUCAGCGCUUGUUCUCAUAUAUUCCAGAACCUGCCCCAGAGAGAGACCUUCCUCAGAUCAACCCUUGUUCUCAUUAUAGAUUACGCUCUGGCAGCAAAGGUACCCAGCUGUGAUCAGCCCAUGUCCUCACAAUCUGUCUACAGCUUCACCUCUGGGACCCCCUUGUGAUCAGCCCCUGACCUCACACACUCCAGCAGUAGCAACCUUGGUAUGAUUAGCCCUUGACCUCAUACACUCCAGCAGCAGCACCGACCGAGGAGCCCUCCUGGAAACAGCUUCUGAUCUCAAGCAUUGGCAGGGAACUACACAAGCUCUGACUCCUGAUCUUCUGCAGACUGGACCUAUUGGGACAAUGAACUUCUGCCUGACCAGUAGAUUGCCUCUGCCAAUGUGUGCCAGCUCCCCUGGGAUUACCACACUCAGUGCAUGGAUAGUUAUAUUUGCAACUUUUUUGCACAUGUCAGUAGGAUCCUCAUUCUUGACAGGUUCUGUGGCUAAAUGUGAAAAUGAAGGAGAGGCCCUACAAAUUCCAUUCAUCACUGACAACCCCUGCAUCUCUUGUGUGUGCCUGAAUCAAGAAGUAACAUGCAAGAGAGAAAAAUGCCCGGUGGUUUCGAAGGAUUGUGCCCUGGUCAUAAAGCAAAGAGGAGCUUGCUGUGAACGUUGCAAAGGUUGUAGCCUUGAUGGUAACCUCUUCAAUAGCUCCAUGAAAUGGCAAGACCCUGAACAUCCCUGUAUUACCAGACAGUGUCAGGAAGGAGUUAUCACAGAAUCUCAAGUGCAAUGUCUAGUUCACUGUAAGAACCCAGUAAAGCUGCCAGGAUUGUGCUGUCCUACAUGUCCAGGUUGUGUAUAUGAAGGCCGACACCAUAAAGAAGGAGAUGAAUUUCAGCCAGAGGGGAACAAAUGCCUUAAGUGCUCCUGCAUCGGAGGCAGGACACAGUGCAUUAAAGAAGUCUGCCCAAUUCUGUCAUGCCCCCAGCAUCUCAGUCACAUUCCUACUGGACAGUGUUGCCCAAAAUGCAUAGGCCAAAGAAAAGUGUUUGACCUGCCUUCUGGCAGUUGCCUUUUUCGAAGUGAUGUCUACGACAAUCAUUCCAGCUUUAUGCAUGACAGCUGCACGACAUGCACCUGCAGGGAUUCCACUGUAAUCUGUAAGAAAAAGUGUUCACCUGCAGGAACAUGUAACAAUGGACAGGAAGAUUGCUGUGAAGAGUGUGUCUCCUAUGUGCCUGCUGAAGAAGUCAAAGUCUGCAAGUCAGGAAACAAGAUAUUCAGGGAUGGAGAGAUGUGGUCCUCUGUCAACUGCACCAUCUGUUCUUGUGUGAAAGGCAAGACAGAGUGUCGUAAGAAGCAAUGCAUUCCAAUCAACAGCUGUCCCCAAGGGAAAAUACUGAAUAGAAAGGGAUGUUGCCCAAUUUGCACUGAAAAACCUGGAGUAUGUACUGUAUUUGGAGAUCCCCACUACAAUACAUUUGAUGGGAGAACAUUCAACUUUCAAGGGACUUGUCAGUAUGUCUUGACCAGGGACUGCUCAUCUUCUACCUCAUCUUUUGAAGUGCUAGUAAAAAAUGAUGCUCGCCGGACACAUUCUUUCUCAUGGACAAAGACAGUGGAUCUAGUAAUGGGAGGAAGCACCAUUAGUCUUCAUCAGCACCUCACAGUAAAGUGGAAUGGAACUCGGAUUUCACUUCCAUAUGAAACACCUCAAUUUCAUAUUGACCUUGAUGGCUACCUUCUAAAAGUGACAACCAAAGCAGGUUUAGAAAUCUCAUGGGAUGGAGACAGUUUUGUGGAAGUAAUGGCAGCUCCUCACCUCAAAGGGAAGCUGUGUGGUCUGUGUGGUAACUACAAUGGACACAAGCGUGAUGAUCUCAUAGGUAGUGAUGGAAACUUCAAGUUUGAUGUGGAUGAUUUUGGUGAUUCCUGGCGAGUGGAGUCCAAUGAAUUCUGUAACCGUCCUCGUAGGAAGACUUUGCCAGAGUUAUGUCAAGGGACAGUGAGGGUGAAACUCCGAGCUCACAGGGAAUGUCAGAGGCUAAAGUCCAGGGAUUUUCAAAGCUGUCACUCAACAGUUGACUAUGCCAUGUUCUAUCGAUCAUGUGUCACUGACAUGUGCGAGUGCCCGAUGCAUAAAAACUGCUACUGUGAAUCAUUAAUAGCCUAUGCCAGAGCAUGUCAGAGGGAAGGUGUGAAUGUCCCCUGGAAGCCUGAAAAUAACUGUGCAGCAACCCAGUGUAAACAUGGAGCAGUAUAUGAUACUUGUGGUCCUGGAUGCCUAAAGACAUGUGAAAACUGGAAUGAAAUCGGUCCGUGUACAAGAUCGUGUGUGGCUGGUUGUCACUGCCCAGCUAAUUUAGUACUUCACAGAGGGAAAUGCAUCAAGCCAGCGCUCUGUCCUCAGCGGUGACACAGAUCUUUCAUCAAGAACUUUUUAAUGCUGAUGGUUUUCUGUAAAACUCUCAGCCAAUGAAGGACUCCAGUGUUUGAACACAGAACUUGUAAAAUGAUGACAUACUGAAACAUUCACACACAUGGACUCAAGUGACUAAUAUAAAUAUGAUAUAUAUAUAUAUAUAUAUAAAUAUAAAUACAAAAUUAUACAUCAUUUAUAUAAGCAAAGAAAACCAAUUUAUUAUAUGUAUAUUUUUUGCUAUAAUGUUUAUGUAUUAUUUUUUAGGACUUUAUCCUUUAAACUAUUUGAACAAUUGUAUAAAUAAAAGAGAUGUUUCUAAUCGGAUAUUGUGGCAUGAGAAAAUGUACUGCAAGAUGCUACAAGACAUUUUGUGGCAGAACAAAUUGCCAAAUUGGAUUUAGUUCAACAGUAAAGGGACGAAAUGUCAGUUUUAGUUAUUAUAAUUACCUUAAGGCUAGAAUCAUGUAAUCCCCGAUGCUUCCUUUCUCUUAUUUUUCAGUGGCUUGGUUUUGGAGAUUUUAAUCUCAUAUUUUCUCUAUGCUCAUUUUCAGUUUCAAGUCAAGGGUAGAGCGGCAUGCUUCCUUGAAGUCACUGUUGCCCCUCCCUAAUCCUGCUUCCUGCACCAUGAUUGCUGCUCCCCCCCAUGCCCACAUCGUCCUGCUAUGUUGAGACAUCGUUCUCGUGCAGGAGCACUCG